GAAAACGGAAAAAGUUGUUCAGAAAUGAGACUGCUACAGAAGCAUGAAAACUGUGAAUUCACAGCACUUCGUGAAUUUAAAAAUUUGACUGCAAAUGUAACUUGCUCACAAGGAAACUUCAGAGAAAAUUUGAUGAAAGAAAUAGAAGAAAAAUUAUUCCAGUAUAGACAAAUAAAUAGAAAAAAUCAUGAUGAAGAGAAACAAAAGCACAUCAAUGCAUUGACAGAUGAAUAUGAAGCUUCUAUGAAGAAAUGGACUGAACGCUUCUGUCCUGAGGAUGAUGUCAUGAAAAUGAAAUAUAGCAUGAUGUCAGUAGAUGUACUAGAGAAGUUCUCAAGAUUAAUGAACUCAAAAGAAACUGCAGAAGAUAAGGAAGAAUUGAAGAAAGGCAUUAAUGGGGUUUAUUUGAAAAUUGAAGCAGAGAAUAAAAAAGCCAGAGAUGAAAGAGAGUUCUUAGAAAGACAAAAGGAAUUAGAUAUGAAAAUACUGAAAGUCAAUUCUGAAAUUAGAAGAAAUGACUUCAUUCAGAGUAUAAAGUCGUGUGAGAAUAUAUAUCAUGAAGACUUUGAAAAUAUCUUCAGCAACGUUAUGCUGGAAGUUUUGGAAGAAUUUGAUGAAGAAACAAAAGAUCUAGGAGAUUCUUUAGAUAAAAAAAUAUUGGAGGCAAGAAUCGAUUUAGAGAAAACAAUACAGGGUGUACUGAAUAGAGGAAUUCAAGAAAACAACGAAAACAAGGAAAGAGUGGACGAUGCAGUACAAGCGUAUGUAUUGAAGUAUCGAGAAGUUUUAGGAGAGCUGAUGCUGAACGCUUAUGUGGAUACCAGUGGUUUUAAGGAGAUUGAGAAACAUCACAUUGAAGAAGUUGACGCCCAGGACGGGAAUGACGCAAUUAAAGAAUUAAUCAAAAAAGAAAUAAGAAAGAGAACCGAAAAGGCCAAAUUACAGAAUGAGAGGAAUAAAGAAUAUAGGCCUGUCAUAGCAAAUGAAGAUACAGUUGCAAAGUAUUUAGCGAUAGGAUGGAUAACCAUCACUUCUCCCAUCUGGAUACCACUGGGUUUGGUUGGAGUAGUGCUGGGUGGAGUUGUGGGAGGAAUUGUGGCUGGAGUAAUGACGUUUAAAGAUUUCAUCAAGAAAAAAAUGAAUGCUAAAAAGUAGUUCAAAGAAAGAGGAAUUAUCAUGAUUUGUAUCAUAUUUUAGAUUUGCGAUUAAUUACUGGAGCACUUUGCUGUAAUCUUCAAUUAUUGAAACUUUUAUAAUGCUUAACUGAGCAAUUGUUUUUUAAGUGAGUGUAGAAAAAAAGUGCAGCAUCUGAGUCAAUUUCAUGCAGCUUGCGAUAUUUUGUCAAAAAUAAAUCAAAUGGCUGUCUAUUAAUAACAUUCUGCUUAUCUGGCCUUCUAACAUUUACACUUAGUAUUGCGCACUCUUCAUUGUACAUAGUAGCAUCUCAAGGGGUGUGCAACCUUUUAUUACAGGAGGGCCAGAUACAAGUAACUGGGUAAAGCCGCAAGCUGCACCUUUAUUGUUAAAGAUAGUCUUUCUAGUAAUUGCAGACACAAAAAAUUGUUUUUUUUUAGUAUUGACUUUCCGGCAUUGUUACGAGUUCUUGCAGAAAUGAUGAGUUGAAAUGAUAAAUUUUUUAAGAAAACCGCUAUUUAAAUUUAUUGUCACACCAACUUUGAAACAAAUUCAGUGAGAAACCCCUUAUUUAUAACAUUGUGAAUUUUAAAAAGGAUUUUGCUAACUAGUUUUACUAGCUUUGUGACGCAAAGAGAUUGAAAUUGCUCGCAUGUCUCAGAUUAACUAAACUGAAAACUUGUUUUAGGGGCACACUAUUCAAAAUUGGCAGUUCUUCGCGGGCCGCACAAUUUUUCCUUGCGGGCCACAGUUUGCACACCCCUGUCUUAAGGUAUCGAAGGACAUCUUUAAUUUAUAACGUUUUCUGUC